CAAUGGCCAGUUGUGCGCCGGUGAUCGUGUGGAACGGUGCUCAGUUUACGGCCAGCAGCAGGGAGCUGGAGCAGCUGCGUCGCGAUUACGGUCUGGAUGCGCGAAUGUUGGAGGCGACACUGGUGCCGCGAUAUAAACGCCACAAGCCGCAGGCAGCGGCACGCAAUGAUCACGUGCGCGUGACCAAGGAGCAGCAAUCGGAUUGGAUACUCAAGCAGGAUCGCAGCACCAACGUCAGCCAGGUGAACUUCCAUCCCUGGGCGGGUGCCCACUUCGACUUGGUGCCGUGGCGUCGCACGCGUUCCGCAUUGGAUUUGACCGCUGUGGAGGAUUACAAUCACGGCCUGCACGAUCCCAAGUCGCUGAAGGGUCUGGAGAAAUUGGAGCUGAGACAGCAGCGCCGAAGGCUACAGCGCGCCAGAUCAACGCAUCAGGGUCUCCGGCGUUUGGUGCGCGUCCGCCUGAUCUUCUCCAUCGAGCUGCGGCACAAGCGGAUGGAGGUGCUACGGAAAAGUGCGCUGCCCGUCCGGGUUUUCGAGCAGCGAUUCGCGCUCUCGGAAAACGAGAGCGCCGCCUACGAGCGCAUCCUGCUGGACGCCAAUGCGGGCGUGGACCAGCACGUGGGCUACUUCAGCCGCAGGCAAUUGGUGCCAUCCAGCCAGGAGUCCAACGAGGAGUUGGUCGUGGACUUUGCCAGCGAAACGGAGGCGGAUGAGAAGGCCGACGACGAGCAGCUGGAAAAGGAGGAGGAGGAGGCCCAGUAUGCCACAAUAGCGCCAGCGGAAAAGGGAGGCAGUGCAGCAGUGACCGCCAAGGAAUCUGGUCAGGUGCCAUGCGUCAAGUGCCGCGAGAUUGCCGUCAAAUUGAGAACCAUAAACGAUUAUGCGCUCAACUCGAAUCUGCACCUAAGCCACAACAACAAACUGAACAAUCUGCACAGCAACAAGCUCCUCCACAGCAACCAAAGCCACAGCAGCAGCCUCAAUCCGAGCAUAAGGAUGCACUCCCACCAGCUGGACUCCUACCUCGGCGGAGUGGGCGGCAUGAUGAACCUGGGCGGCAUGGGCCAAGUGGGCCAGUUGCACCAUCCGGGGAGCGUUUCCGGCAGCGAAAGACCCAACGGAGGAGCAUUGGCCCUCCACUAUGCCGCCGCGCGUGGCUGCCUCGAUUGCGUCCAACUGCUGGUCGCCGCAUCCGUGGAUAUUUGCUACUUCUCCACGAUCAACGUUAAGAAGGGCCUCCUGGGCCGCAUGACCACAAGUCUGACCUCCUACCGCCGCAGCAAGCAGAAGUCCAAGUCCAACAAUGACAUCCACACCAUCAUCGCCACCGAGGUGGUGACGGCCACCAUUCUCAGCAGCAGCGUCCACAGCAGCAGCACAGGAUCGGAGCUCGAGGACGGCGGCCAGGGCCACACCAGCCUCAUCGAGGAGCCAGCUGCCCAGGAGCGCAGCAGCGAGCAGCAGGAACAUCAGCAUCAGCAUCAACAUCAGCUUCAGCUUCAGCACGCCAAGGAUCCACCAGCACAAACGGAGAUGAACCACCACCCGCACCCGCACUCGCACUCGCACCACCAGCGCAAGUCCGCCGUGGAGGUGGUGCGCCAGCAGAUGGAGGACGACGGCGGGGAUCAGGACUCCAACGAGGAUGACGAGGCCACGCCCAUGAUGAGCGGCGCGGGGCGCAAGGAGCAGAACAACCGACGCAGCGUCGUUAGCGCCAAUACGCAAAUGGACAACGAUGUCACGCCCGUUUACCUGGCGGCGCAGGAGGGCCACUUGGAGGUGCUCAAGUUUCUGGUGCUCGAGGCCGGCGGCUCUUUGUACGUCCGUGCACGCGAUGGUAUGGCACCGAUCCAUGCCGCUUCACAAAUGGGCUGCUUGGAUUGCCUCAAAUGGAUGGUACAAGAUCAAGGUGUGGAUCCCAAUUUGCGAGAUGGCGAUGGUGCCACGCCCCUGCACUUUGCCGCCUCCCGGGGUCAUCUAUCCGUAGUCCGUUGGCUGCUCAAUCAUGGAGCCAAACUAUCCCUCGACAAAUAUGGCAAGUCGCCCAUCAACGAUGCGGCGGAAAAUCAGCAGGUUGAGUGCCUGAACGUCUUGGUGCAGCACGGCACUGCGGUGGACUACAAUGGCAAGAGUAGCUCACAGCGCCACAAGUCGCAGCAGCAUCUGCAGCACCAGCAGCAGCAGCAACAGCAACAACAGCAGCAGCAGCAGCAACUGCAGCAGCAGCAACACCUGAGCAGCAGCUGCAACUCGAACUCGAAUUCCUCGAAGCAGACGAGUCGCAGCAAUACGAUCAAGUCCAAGUCCUCCUCGACUCUGAGCUCCGACGUGGAGCCAUUCUACUUGCAUCCACCGGCCAUAGCGGGCGGCGGAGCAGGAGGAUCGGGAAUGGGCUUGGGCAUGGGCAUGAACAUGGGCAUGGGCAUGGGAAUGGGCAUGGGCAUGGGCAUGAGCAUGGGAAUGGGCAUCACGAGGAAGAACAGCGACGCCUUGUACUCGCAGCAAUCGAGGAGCUCCUCCGAGAAGUUGUACAACGGUUCGUCCUCAUUGGGCGGCAAUCCGGGUGGCAACACCUCUUCGGCAGGCGGAGGCCUUGGAGGAGGAGGAGGAGGAGGAGGAGGAGGAGGUGGAGGUGGAGGCGGAGGAGCCCUGCUGCCCAACGAUGGCUUGUAUGUGAACCCGAUGCGGAAUGGCGGCAUGUACAAUACGCCCUCGCCGAAUGGCAGCAUCUCCGGAGAGUCGUUCUUUCUGCACGAUCCGCAGGACAUUAUCUACAAUCGGGUGCGGGAUCUGUUCGUGGACUCCGAUUGCAGCAGCAGUGUGAAGCAGCAUGGCAAGGGCCACGCCCACCCGCUGCUGCAGUCGAAGGCGGGCAACGCAAUGACCAUCCAGGCGGACGUACAUUCCAGUUCCAGCGGCGCGGGCAGCGGCUCCGACGAGUCCGUCUCCAUCUCGUCCAGCUUCAACUCGCCCAAGCAGCCGCAGCAGCAGUUGCGCAGCCAGAGCUUCAAUCGCCACGGCAGCAGCAGCAACAUCAGCAACAUGAGCAACAUGAGCAACAUGAGCAACAUGAGCAACAUCAGCGCCAGCGGCAACAUCAAGAGCAACAACUACAAGCCGCACAAGGGCAUGGCCAGCAAUCAGAAUGGCGGCGGGGAUCACGACUACGAGGAUAUCUAUCUGGUGCGUGAGGAGUCUCGCAAGCAGCACCAGCAGCAGCAGCAACACCAGUUGCAGCAGCAACAGCAGCUGCAGCACCAGACCAUCCAGCAACAGCAGCAGCAGCAGCAGCAACAGCAACAGCAGCUGCAGCUGCAACACAAGUACAACGUGGGACGCUCCCGGUCGCGGGACAGUGGCUCCCAUUCGCGAUCGGCCAGCGCCAGUUCCACCAGGAGCACGGACAUCGUGCUGCAGUACAGCAAUCACCACUUGAACAACAAGCGCAACAUGAACAACAGCAGCAACAUGAACAACAGCAGCAGCAACAUCUCACUGAGCAACAACAAUAACAAUAACAACAACAACAACAGCCUGCUAAAUCGCAAUAAAUCGCAUUCGAUUAUUGGAUUGCACAGCAGCAAAUACGAGUCCUCGCUGAAGGACAACUACAGCGCCAAGAACGUGAAUCUGAAGAAUCAGCUGCUCAACGGCGGCAUCAAGAGCGACACCUACGAGAGUGUCUGUCCGCCGGAGGAUGUGGCCGAGCGGACCAAGCAGGCGCACAAGAACUCCAUGAUUCGCAACAAUCUGGCGGAUGCCCCCAGCAACAACAACAACAAUAGCAACAGCAACAACAUCAGCGGCAGCAACAACAACAUCAGCAGCAUGGGCAACAUGAAUCAGAGCAGCAGGAAUCUCAAGCGAGUCUCCUCGGCGCCACCCAUGCAAAAUCUGGCAGUGGUUAAUGGACCACCUCCACCACCACUGCCACCACCACUGAGGGCACCAGUGCAGCAGCAACGCAGCAACUUGAGCGCCGAGCAGCCGAACAGCAUGAGUGGCAGCAAUGGCAUCUACAAGAAAAUGCCGAACCAGGGUGCCACCAAUGCCAAUGGAGCUCCUCCGCCAGUUCCAGCACCCAAUCCUGUGGCGGUGACUGAAGCAGUCGACUCGGAUUCGGGACUCGAAGUGGUCGAGGAGCCGAGCUUGAGGCCAUCGGAACUGGUGCGCGGCAACCACAAUCGCACCAUGUCCACCAUAUCGGCGAACAAGAAAGCCAAGCUGCUCAAUGCCAGCAGCACAAAUGGCAGCUCCAUUGCCGCCGGCUCGGAGGACUCCCACUCCCACUCCCACUCCCACUCCCGAUCCGGAGUAGCUGCCAAUGCUGCGGCGGCCAAUGCCCAUUACUAUGGCUACUCGGAGGGCGCCAAAAGCCAGAGGAGCAAUACCAAUGGGAAUGGCAAUGGGAAUGGCAAUGGCAAUGGAGGUGGCGGCAACUAUGCCAGCCAUCCCAAUCAGCCGCACUACGCGACUGGGCAGCCGCAUCAGUAUACGCCCAGCCUGUACGGAGGUGGCUCCUCUGCGGAGGAUCACUACGAGCUCACCCAGCAGCAGCAGCAGCAGCAGCAGCAGAUCUAUGGGGAAACCCACUUGGCUGGCGGACAGCGGACGGGCGGACCCAAUCUGGUCAACAAGCAGCUGGUGCUGCCUUUUGUGCCGCCCAGUUUUCCCAAUAAAUCACAAGACGGCGUCACGCAUCUCAUCAAGCCGUCCGAGUAUCUCAAGUCCAUCAGCAUCGACAAGCGUUCGUGUCCAUCCUCCGCCCGCUCCACGGAUACGGAGGACUAUAUGCAGAUACAGAUCGCCCAGCAGCAGCAGGUGCACCACUCGCAGCUCCACUCGCAGCAUCCGCAGUCGCAUCCGCACCAGCAUCAGCACCAGCACCAGCACCACCCCCAUCCGCAUCCACAUCCGCACCAUCCCCACCAGCUGCAUGGAAUGGGCGAGCAGCCACCGCUGCCGCCACCACCGCCGCCGCUGCCCCAUGGCAUGUUGCCCCCACAACCGCCGAUGGGUCCGCCCAUGGGCGUGGCAGGUGGCCAGGAUGCCACCAUGUCUGGCAAGUCGCACAAGCCGAAGAAGCCGCACGGAUCGGCACCCAAUAGCCAGGACACGGCCACCAGGAAGCAGCACCAGCCACUCUCGGCCAUCUCCAUUCAGGAUCUGAACAGCGUGCAGCUGCGACGCACGGACACGCAGAAGGUACCGAAGCCCUACCAGAUGCCAGCUCGCAGCCUGAGCAUGCAGUGCCUGACCUCCAGCACGGAGACGUAUCUCAAGUCCGACCUGAUUGCCGAGCUGAAGAUCUCCAAGGACAUACCGGGCAUCAAGAAGAUGAAGGUGGAGCAGCAGAUGGCCAGCCGAAUGGACUCCGAGCACUACAUGGAGAUCACCAAGCAGUUCUCGGGCAACAACUACGUGGACCAGAUACCGGAACGGGAUCAGGCCGGCAAUGCCAUACCGGACUGGAAGCGCCAGAUGAUGGCCAAGAAGGCGGCCGAGCGGGCCAAGAAGGACUUUGAGGAGCGCAUGGCCCAGGAGGCGGAGUCACGUCGCCUCUCCCAGAUUCCCCAGUGGAAGCGGGAUCUGUUGGCGCGACGCGAGGAGACGGAGAACAAGCUGAAGGCGGCCAUCUACACGCCCAAGGUGGAGGAGAACAACCGGGUGGCGGACACCUGGCGGCUGAAGAACCGCGCCAUGUCCAUCGACAACAUCAACAUCAAUCUGGCCGGCAUGGAGCAGCACUACCAGCAGAUCCAGUUCCAGCAACAGCAACAGCAACAGCAACAUCAACACCAACAGCAGCAGCAUCACCUUCAGUUGGGCAACAAGGAGAACCAUGGCGAUCCCAAGGGCGCUGAGCAGGAUCAGGAGCUCGGCAAUGGCGGUGGUGGUGGCGUUGUGGGUAACGCUAACUCUGGCGCCGGCGGAGGCCAGGAGCUCGUCGAGCCAUCGGAGGGCAGCCAGGGACACGCCGAGGAGGAGGAGGACAACAUCAUCCCAUGGCGCGCCCAGCUGCGCAAGACCAACAGCCGCCUCAGCCUGAUCUGAUGCAUCCACACAACCACACAUCCACACAACCACACAACCACAACAUACCCAAAAAGAUAAUGAAAUCCAAUCUAUCAAACGACUCCUAAGCGGUGCAUUUUUUUUUUUUUGUUUUUUUUCGAUUAACUUAAAGCAUGUGCAAUUAUAAAAUUAUAAUGAUCAAGAGAAAGCGUAAAUAUAAAGCAUAUACAACCUAAGCCUAAGGUCUAGCUACUUACAUUGUACUAUAUGCAUUAUCAUAACCCGUACUUUUACACCUAAUUGUAUUCCAUGUUUUUUUUGGCCGGCAAAACGUACAUAUAUAUUGUUAUUCCUAGUGGGCAGUGCAGUAUCGCAGUAUCGCAAGGCGAAUCAAACGUAUAUAUCUAAUCUUAGCUGCUGUCCUUGAGUUCUAUUUCGGUGUUGUAUUUUGUAUCAUUUCUACUCUCUCUAUUAAUAUACUUAUUUUUUUUUUUUGUUUGUGACUCGGCUUGAAUUUAUUUAGUAUUGGCGCAUUAAUUUAAUUGAUCGGUUAAGCAUUUUUUUAUUGUUAUUUGUUUUUAUAUUCGCGGCUCAAACAAUAUUACUUUUAAUUACAUACAUACAUACGAGAAUACAUACUACACAUCUAUGAAUGAAAAAGCGAACGAAUGAA